CACAUACACUCUGAAUCGCGUUUAUGAACCGCAUUUACGUAUCCGGUCAGUCCGGCGUCCUCACACUACAGUGGACAGGCAUUACGUUCCAUAGGGAAAUGGGCACAUAUCUGCUGUUAGUUUUGAGUAUGAUCCUAAUACCAAACAGUUUAGCAACGCAUACGACUUCCGCUUGGAAUUACGGCGUAAUGUUUGAUGCCGGAAGUUCGAGUUCAAAAUUGAAGAUUUACAAAUGGCCGACUCGAUUGUCCACCGCCGACGCGUUUGAUAUGGACCUUAUCUACACUCAGCGAUACAAGCCUGGGAUUAGUGACUAUGUCGACCAUCUUAACGAUAUUCCUACUUACCUAGAAAAAAUGUUGAAUAAGGCAAAGUCGCUCGUACCAAGUAGUCAACAUCAUUCUACGCCAUUGUUUAUGAUGGCGACAGCUGGUUUACGAGUGUUAGCGGAAAGUGACGCCAUAGCUUUGAUGACGUCAGCACGACAGUACUUGGGGAACUCCACCAUUAACCCGUUCACAUACAACCAACACAAAGUGAGGAUCUUAUCAGGGGAGGAGGAAGGGGCGUAUGCCUGGAUCGCUGCUAAUUACCUCAGGAAUUUCUUCGGCUCAAAUAAGCCGCCAUCACAAGCAGUCGGAGUGCUGGAGAUGGGAGGGGGAUCUACACAGAUUACCUUUGUGCCAGACGGUCCCAUCCUCGCUAACAUGUUCCCAGUGCGCAUGGCCGGGGUGACGUAUUACCUGUAUGCCCAUAGUUACCUAUAUUACGGACAAAACUACAUGGCGAAAAGAAUACGGCGUUACCUGGAAGAGGAGAGUCCUUUUGAAACCGAACUGUAUAAUCCGUGUAUGCUGAGGGGUGACAACGUGUCUUACAGCACUGAAGAGGGCGUCACUGUGAUUUUUAGGGGUGACAGUAACCCCGAUAAGUGCCUUGAGAUUAUUAAUAGCUUUCUCCAAAGUGCCGCCGAAAAUGUGUGCUACCCAAAACCUUGCGCCAUCGGUCAAAUCUACCAACCGUCACUGGGGACUGACAUAUUCUUCGCCAUUUCUGCAUAUGUCUAUGCUCCGACCACAUUACGGGCGCUUGAUCCAUUCGGAAGACUGCAAAUUGAAACGAUGAACACAUCAGCGCACCAGUAUUGCCGAAUGACUUUAACUCAAGCUAUAAAUGCAACCGGAACUGCAGCGGAGUAUGCUUCCGGUUAUUGCAUGAUGGGACUUUACAUUCCUUCUUUACUAACAGCAUCUUAUGGUUUUCCUUCAACAACUCAGAGAAUACAAGUAGCGGAUAAAAUAAACGGCGAAUCUGUAGACUGGGCUUUAGGGGCCGUGUUAUAUGAACUUGAACAAAUUGAGUAUUACAAAUGGUUAGAGACCUGUGGCGAAGUCUCCGGAGGCCAAAGACCAGAGGUCACUUCUUUUGUCUUGGUGUUGUUUGGGCUGGUGACUUUCUUUACAGCAAAAUUUAAACAUGUUUUGUGAUGGUAAGAAAUAUGGAGUUAGUGAAUAUUCAGGAACCAUACCUUUACAAGUAAGAAUGUCAUCGACAGUUUCAUCGGCAUAAUCAUUGAGGCGCGUUAAUCAUUCUUAUUCUGUAACUCUGCGAAGAAACGUUUUACAUGUUAACAAACACAUGUUAUAUGCGCAUUUUUCUUAAAUAACAAAUAGUUUUUGGAUUAAUUUGUCUUUCCUAUAAUCGCCGUGAUUCAGAUUAAUGGAUUCAAUUUGUCUGUUAUAUCGUCGCCGUGAUGGAGUUUCAUUAAUUAAGUUUGUCGGUUCUGUCAUCGCCAUGAGGUCUUUUCAUGAAUGCAGUUUGUCUGUCCAAUCAUCACCAUGAAGGAGUUUCAUGGAUUUCAUAAUACAUCUGUCCUGUCGUAGCCGUGAUAGAGUUUCAUGGAUUCGAUUUGUCUUUCCUGUCAUCGCCACGAUGAAAUUUCUUCGAUUCCAUAUUUCAUCUGUCCUAUCUGGGCCGUGAUGGAGUUUCACGGAUUAGGUUUUUCUACUGUCAUGGCCGUGAUACAGUUUCAUGGGUUAAGUUUUUCUACUGUCAUGGCCGUGAUGGAGUUUCAUCGAUUAGGUUUGUCUCCUAUCGUGGCCGUGAUGGAGUUUCAUGGAUUAGGUUUGUCGCCCAUCGUGGCCGUGAUGGAGUUUCAUGGAUUAGGUUUGUCUCCUAUCGUGGCCGUGAUGGAGUUUCAUAGAUUAGGUUUGUCUUCUAUCGUGGCCGUGAUGGAGUUUCAUGGAUUAGGUUUGUCUCCUAUCGUGGCCGUGAUGGAGUUUCAUGGAUUAGGUUUGUCUCCUAUCGUGGCCGUGAUGGAGUUUCAUGGAUUAGGUUUGUCUCCUAUCGUGGCCGUGAUGGAGUUUCAUUGAUUAGGUUUGUCUCCUAUCGUGGCCGUGAUGGAGUUUCAUGGAUUAGGUUUGUCUCCUAUCGUGGCCGUGAUGGAGUUUCAUGGAUUAGGUUUGUCGCCUAUCGUGGCCGUGAUGGAGUUUCAUGGAUUAGGUUUGACUCCUAUCGUGGCCGUGAUGGAGUUUCAUGGAUUUAGUUUGUCUCCUAUCGUGGCCGUGAUGGAGUUUCAUGGAUUUAGUUUGUCUCCUAUCGUGGCCGUGAUGGAGUUUCAUGGAUUUAGUUUGUCUCCUAUCGUGGCCGUGAUGGAGUUUCAUGGAUUUAGUUUGUCUCCUAUCGUGGCCGUGAUGGUGUUUCAUGGAUUUAGUUUGUCUCCUUUCGUGGCCGUGAUGGAGUUUCAUGGAUUUAGUUUGUCUCCUAUCGUGGCCGUGAUGGAGUUUCAUGGAUUUAGUUUGUCUCCUAUCGUGGCCGUGAUGGAGUUUCAUGGAUUUAGUUUGUCUCCUAUCGUGGCCGUGAUGGAGUUUCAUGGAUUAGGUUUGUCUCCAAUCGUGGCCGUGAUGGAGUUUCAUGGAUUAGGUUUGUCUCCAAUCGUGGCCGUGAUGGAGUUUCAUGGAUUAGGUUUGUCUCCUAUCGUGGCCGUGAUGGAGUUUCAUGGAUUAGGUUUGUCUACUAUCGUGGCCGUGAUGGAGUUUCAUGGAUUAGGUUUGUCUCCUAUCGUGGCCGUGAUGGAGUUUCAUGGAUUAGGUUUGUCUCCUAUCGUGGCCGUGAUGGAGUUUCAUGGAUUAGGUUUGUCUCCUAUCGUGGCCGUGAUGGAGUUUCAUGGAUUAGGUUUGUCUCCUAUCGUGGCCGUGAUGGAGUUUCAUGGAUUAGGUUUGUCUCCUAUCGUGGCCGUGAUGGAGUUUCAUGGAUUAGGUUUGUCUCCUAUCGUGGCCGUGAUGGAGUUUCAUGGAUUAGGUUUGUCUCCUAUCGUGGCCGUGAUGGAGUUUCAUGGAUUAGGUUUGUCUCCUAUCGUGGCCGUGAUGGAGUUUCAUGGAUUUAGUUUGUCUCCUAUCGUGGCCGUGAUGGAGUUUCAUGGAUUAGGUUUGUCUCCUAUCGUGGCCGUGAUGGAGUUUCAUGGAUUAAGAUUGUCUCCUAUCGUCGCAGUGAAGAAUCUCUUAUGAUGAAACACUACCACGGAUGGAUAUAUUUACCUGCACGGCUCAUUGGUUUUAAAAUGUUAUUUCCACUAGAUGGAUUAACGAUAGACAAAACAUCAGAUAAGUAAAAAAGGAUACAAAAUCAUUCUUACCUUCUGUAAGAUUCUGUUAACUGUAACAAUCAUUUAAUUGUAUUGUAAAAAAUGUCAUUUAUGCAUGAUAAUGAAAGUAACCUGUGCGUUGUGUAUCAAAACGUAUAAAUAAACACUAUUAACGCUAUAAAUCGGUACGGAAAUGUAUUUGUAUGAAUUAAUGUGUUUCAUAUAACAAGCUUCAACGGUCGUGUUUAGUUCAGAUUGUGUGUAAUAUAUAUGCCUAUCAAAAUAUUAAUAAAAUCAGAAAUGUAUAAGAUAAGAUUAAAAAGACCGGAACAGGGAACAUAACUUCAUAUUUAAUUUUCAGCUUUUAUUUUACAGUGACCGAGUUGCAGCAUCUGGUCGCCUGAUAAUAAUAACAGUGCUAUUUCAUGUAGUUAGAGGCACUUCGUAGCCAGACAAGGGCAAAUCAGAAAAUACAGCACAUUUAUUUAAGAGUGAUGUCCCCUUUUAGCAUAAUCAUGUAUAGACUAUGAGUUAAAGCCCAGUCUGGUACACAGAAAAAAUGGCCUCUUUACAGAGAGAAUGACAGAAAUUAUUGGUAAGGUAUCAAAAAGAUUUGAGAGGCCAUCAAUUGAUUUAAUAUUACUCUGAAUGUUUAUUAGUUACGCGUGACUGGACUUAUGUAAGGUAUUUGUUUUCGCUGCAUUGUAUUACGUAACAUAUUCUAGAACAACCUGAUGAUUAUUUUAUAGAUAAAGUUUAUAUACCAUAUAUAUGGAAAUAGAAUCUCACGGAUUCAUGUGAUUUUGUUAUGAAUUUGUUCAUAUUAGCUUAAAACCAUUGUAAAUAAGAUUUGAGUUUGAUAUCAGAUAUGUAUUACCGACCAAACUCAUUCUGUACACUUACUUAAACAUUUGUAUGAUUUUUGUACUUGUAUUCAAGAAGAGACCCAUUAUUGAAAUUUAUAUUACAAUAACGUUAUUACUUAUAAAUUGUUAAAUUGUUUUAUGUAUUAUUAAUUUUGCAUGUUGAAAAUAAUGUUCAGUUACCUAAAUGAGCACCAUGUGAGUCGAUCACCUUGUGUAAAUCUUUUCACUAAGUUUGACUUAUUUGUUAAUUUUGAAAGAAAUAUCAUUGACCUCAUUCAGGAAUAAAACUAGGUUCCGUUUGUGUCGUUUUUUUCAGAUUCUGUUGCUGCAUAUUUUCAGUUCAGAAAAAAUGAGUAUUAAAUGGUCUCUGUUCAAAAGGAAAUUCUUAUAUUUAUGAAUGAAGACUAGUUUCGCAUUUGUUUUAUUUGAUACUAGCUUUUUUUUUGUUUAAAUUAUUUUAUUUUGAUUUUUGUUAAAGAGUAUGUAAAGCACUUUGGUAAUUAUUCAGUUGUGUAACCGUUUAAAGACAGGACCAUUCCAAUGAUGACAUAUAGAAUUGUGGGUUUGACAGUAAAUGUGCAAGUCAAUUUAAAUUAUGAAAACCAGAAUCAAGUUUAUUGAUUAUUGCGAGGUGUUUUUCUACUUAGCUCACGGUUAUUGAGAUGAGCGUUAAAGGACCUGCAGCCCAUCCUCAGUCAAGCUGACGAACGUGGUCGAGUCUUUCUUUCAAUAAUCAUAAUGAGAUGGAGUUGUAAGGGAGUGCAGGAAGUUUUCCAUGUCACUUAAUGAGAGGUUAGUGUUAAUUUCUGUGGCUAGUGAAUUCUACAGGUCAGUAGAAGUUAGGUUGUUUAGAUUAUCAUACAACACGUGUGGUAUAUUGGUGAUUGUCUUCUCUGCAUUAUGGUAAUAGUUGUGAGAUUCAUUGUGGAGUUUUUAUCUAUCUGAACUGUUUUCUUUACGUUGCUUCGCUAUUGUAAUUUGUCUCAACCAGUUCAACCGGUUUCUUCAUGAAACCAAGCAUGAUUUGUUAGUUUAGUACCCCUAGUAUAAUUCUCACAACUUCGAUCUGAAUAGUCAUUUAAGAGUGAGACUGGUAGAUGGUUAAGCUAUCCCCGACAUUUACACCAUAAAUAAAAGGUUUGAAGGGAAUUCCUGAACGUUCGUCGGUGAGACGAUACUCUGUAUAUCUGAUACCUUAACUGUUUUUAGAAUGGCUAGUUUAUUAGACCUCAUUAAAAGGAAUGUCAUUCAUAAAGCAUGAAUGUUUGCGAUUUCGAGUGACAGUGUAUGUAUUUUAUAUAUUCAAUAAGCAUUUAGAUUAUAAAAGGACUUAUCUGCAAUAAUUAAAAUCCGGUAUGGCAUAUUCUUAAUUUCCAAAUUGAACUUUUUUUCAAUUGCAGAGUACUUUUGUAAAGGUUUUUAUAAUAAAGAUAUAUUGAAA